UUUCAGUUCAACAAAAUCAACAACAACAGCGAAAACCACCACAAAAACUACAAAAAAGACAACUACAACAACCAUCACAACAACUACCGAAGCCUUUACUGAAACAACAACAAUGGAUCGAGAAAAACAAAUGUUAAAAUCGGCUGAACGUUCAUCUUUACUUAAUAGAAAACCAACAAGAAAAAGAGUUGCAGGAGAAUGCAACGAUUUACAUGAUCUCUGUAAAUUUUGGACAUCAAUUGGUGAAUGUAAAAAUAAUAAGGAUUGGAUGCGGGAUCAUUGCCCUGUUAGUUGUGAUGUUUGUACUAAUGGAUCAUCAGUCUGUGUCGAUCGUCAUCGUUUUUGUGAUUUUUGGGCAUCUAUGAAAGAAUGUGAAACAAAUGCUGUUUGGAUGCUUGUAAAUUGUCCUCGUUCUUGUAAGCUAUGUAAAGGCGCUUCUGCAAAACGAGCGGAAUUAGGAAUAUUUGAAGAAUCUGACUGUACUUUUGUUUCAACACGUGAAGAUACCACAAUUCGUCGUACAAUUUCCAAAUCAGAUGUUCGUGUAAGCAACAAUGCUUUUGGUUGUUCUCCCGCUUUGACUAGACCUAAUUGUAACAAAAAUCUCUGCUAUCAUUUAAAAUUCCGAACUCUAGAUGGUUCGUUUUUUGUUUAA